AUGAAGCCCGUCGCUUUCUUGCGAAAUUCAUGGAAGAAGAGGGAGAGAACUACAUCUUCUCCUAGCUCAAGUGAGGAGUUGUCGACCACUAACGCUCGCAAUUCCUCGCCACCCAAAUCGUCCUUCUCUACCUUUCCACGUUCAUUGAUGAAGAAAAGGUCCCAAACCCAUCCAAUUCCACUCCUAAAAUACGCCCUUCCCGUCCCCUCAUCUCUGCGUUCUCGUCAUCAGCGGCCUUAUGAACGAAAUUCAGAUGAGACUGAUCACCAAGUACUAGAGGCGCAUAAGCGCCUUCCCCAGCUUGAUGGGGUAUGGAAAGGAUUUUUACAGGACAUCGAUGAAGACCCUCUUCUGCUUGAGGUUGGGUCCAAGGGUGCAGGGUCGCACGAGAAGAAAUCCGCCCAACCUACACCUUCGGCGGUGCGGCGCAAUGGCGUGAUGCCCCCCACAGCGAAAUCCAGGUCUACACGAAUAAUACCCGACGCUGUUCUCGACCCUUCCACUCAUUCUCUUCGUAAUCGUUAUCAUAUUACUGGAUCCACAUCUCAUCUACCUUACGUCAAGGAAUCCUUGUCGCGUAGUUCCUCCGAGGCCAAUAUUCGCCGUCCAAGUAAAUUGAUCGAUGUGAACGAGACAGAACCAUUCCUUUCCUUAUUUCCCUCACCGCCACCUCUCCGGAUCCGAAAGAAAAAUCUUAAGCCUCUUGUCCUGCUACCUACGCCUACCAUUAUUCCCUUACCCCCUUCCCCGGCCUACUCGACCGACACCACUCCUACCGGGACACCCAGGUUAAGUACACCCCCAAUUUCACCGCGUACUCCAGCAUUCCAACACAACUCGGACAUAAAUGAGCGGACUCGGGCUUAUGCUCCUAUGCCCUAUAAUAUUCAAAGUGCUCCCACCUCUCCGAUGGCCCGGUCAUUCCCAAGUCCCCCUACUUCUCCAAGUAUGCGCUCAUUUCAAAGCCCGCCUACUUCUCCACUGGCUCGGUCCUUUCAAACCCACCCACCUGGCAUCCCAAUCGAUCGAAGUGCUCUUACGGAGCAAUCACAGCUGCCCUCGCAUCGCAUAACCAGUAGCGAAUCCAUACAUCCUUCAAGAGCAAUCGGGCGGUCCAAAUUUCCAUUAGCAACUACACCACGUAAGACUGGUGGACGAUCAUCCUCAUAUAGCGCGCGCUCGGCAGGCUCCCCCGGAGAAACGGUGGUUCAGUGGGGAUAUGCUGUCUAGAUCUUUUGUAGUGAUCUGACAUCGGGAUCAAGUCCUGUGUUCGUUUUUUUCUGUAAGAUAGCUCCACUGGAUGGAAGGACCCUAGACAUUGAAUUAAUUGUAUUUUUAUUGUACAUAGCAUUUCAGACUCCUAGACAAUCCUGUCAUGUACACAUAGGCAAUAAUGUUGUAGUUAGCGUUCCUUCUUGGUUUCAGAAUCUUUAAUGGGAGGUUUCAAGGCUGUAGAUCUGAUAUCGUCUCGUAAG